CCUCGCCUCAUAGUUCAAUGUUCAACAACAGUGAUCACAUAACAGUGAUACAGUUACAGUCAGGGUAAACAAGUCUAAUAAAUAAUCCGUAGCUUUACAAUUUUUUUGUUAUUUAAAGUAUUCACGGUUAAAUAUAACAAUGAGUGAUUUAACAUUCGAUGGCAAAAUUGCUGUUGUGACAGGAGCAGGGGCUGGCCUAGGAAGAGUUUAUGCUCUCUUGUUUGCUUCGAGAGGAGCCAAAGUAGUUGUUAACGAUCUUGGGGGAGGCAGACAUGGCGAAGGGAGUUCGUCAAAGGCUGCCGAUAUAGUAGUUGAGGAGAUACAAAGAAAUGGUGGUACCGCAGUUGCUGACUAUAAUUCAGUAGUAGAUGGAGAAAAAAUAAUAAAAACUGCUCUUGAUAACUUUGGUCGAGUGGAUAUAUUGGUUAACAAUGCUGGAAUACUUAGAGACAAAAGUUUUGCUAAACUUUCUGAUGCAGAUUGGGAUCUACUACAUGCAGUUCAUGUAAAGGGUAGUUUUAAGACAACCCAAGCUGCAUUUCCAAUAUUCAAAAAGCAAGGAUAUGGUAGAAUUAUCAUGACAUCUUCGAAUUCCGGUCUUUAUGGUAAUUUUGGGCAAGCAAAUUAUUCGGCUGCUAAAAUGGCUCUAGUUGGUUUGGCAAAUACUAUUGCCAUUGAAGGAGGAAGAAAUAAUAUUUAUUGUAAUGUGAUUGUACCUACAGCAGCCAGUAGGUUAACAGAGGAUAUCCUUCCUCCAGAAUUGUUCACUGAAUUGAAACCAGAACUCAUAGCUCCAGUCGUUGCAUAUUUGUGCCACGAAAGCUGUCAAGAAAAUGGUAGUAUCAUUGAGUCAGCUGCUGGUUGGGCAGGCAAAUGCACAAUUGUACGAUCAAAUGGCUGCCUUCUACGCACUAAAUUAUCUGACAAAGUCACUAUUGAAGUUGUUAGAGACAAAUGGGACAAAAUUACAGAUACAAGUAAAGUGGAACGAAUAAACUCUAUUCAAGACGCAACUGGAGCUUUAGUGACAUCCCUCGAAGGGCUUAGGAGUAAGCAGGAAGGUGUUGAAGAGGGAGAGACAGAUAAUUAUGAAUUUAACAACAAAGACGCAAUCUUGUAUGCACUUGGAGUUGGUGCAUCGGUAGCUAAACCAGAAGAACUGAAAUUUCUGUACGAGUUACACGAUGAUUUUCAAAUUUUGCCAACAUUUUACGUUCUCCCAGCACUUCAAGCUGUAUACAUGUCUAACGCCACACAAAACGCCAUCCCUGGGAAAACUGUCAGUCUAGAACGUAUCCUCCAUGGAGAGCAGUAUCUUGAAAUUGUUGGAGAUUUACCCCAAGAAGGUGCAUUGGUAUCAAAAACGAAAAUUGUUGAAGUAUUAGAUAAGGGUUCAGGGGCAGUAAUUGUCACUGACAUUGAAAUCUGCAAUGAAAAUGGUGAACUGAUCGCCCGCAAUCAAAUCGUAACGUUCGCUGUUGGUUCUGGGAAGUUUGGCGGGCCCAGAACUGGUACCAAGAUCAUUCCGUGUCAGAAUAAGCCAAAGAGAAAUCCAGAUAUUUCACUGGUUCAGAAAACGAGUGUGGAUCAAGCCGCUAUAUAUAGAUUGUCAGGAGAUAAUAAUCCUUUACACAUCGACCCAAACAUGGCUCUUCUCAGUGGUUUUGAUCAGCCAAUUCUUCAUGGUUUGUGCACCCUGGGCUUCUCUGUGAGGCUAAUAUUAGCAGCUUUCGCUUCCUACGAUACUUCCCUAUUCAAGGCUUGCAAGGCACGUUUUAUGAAACCUGUCAUUCCCGGUCAGACUUUGAGAGUGAACAUGUGGAGAGAGAACAACAGAGUAUUCUUUGAGACUGUCGUUGUGGAGAACAACAGUGUGGUUAUUGGAGGAGCUUACGUUGAUUUAAAAUCGGUAAGCAUGCAACCAUUGGCGAACAAAUUGGCUACCCCAGAAUUGAAGAGUGAUGCCAUCUUCGAAUUUAUUAUCGAUCAAGUCAAAGCAGAUCCAAAUAAAGCAAAAUCUGUUGGUGGAUUGUUCUUGUACAAUAUCACAAAAGACAAAAAACAGGCUAAACAGUGGACAAUGGACUUGAAAAAUGCUAAGGUCUACGAGGGAACUCCAGAAGGUAAACCGAAUACGACGUUGACCAUUUCCGAUGAGGAUUUCAUACUCCUUGCAGAAGGGAAAUUGAAUCCACAGACUGCCUUCAUGAAGGGAAAACUUAAAAUUACAGGCAAUAUCAUGCUGGCUCAAAAACUAGCCCCUCUUCUUAGAGCUAAUGCUAAAUUGUAAACAGACUUUGUUACAUUGAUACACUCCAUAUUAUUUUUAAGUAUCAAAUUUUUACUUUAUGA